AGUCAUUACGUGCAGGUGAGCCAGGUUUCCUACAGGGGCCGUUUGGAGGUGAAUGUGCAGAUAAAUCAUGUCAGAUGUGGUUUUAUUAUUUUAUCACAGCAGCAGCAGCAGGAACAUUUGAGCUCCUUCAAACUUUUAUAACGGGAAGUCCGAGGUUAUCAGUUAUUAUUUUUAAUAAAUCGAGCAAAAUGUCAGAGAGAACUCCCUUGUUACAUUACCGGCUGACUACCAGCGCCGGUCCCGAGCCCAGCGCGGUGUCGGACUGUACCGGGCCUGCUUCGGGACGCUCCACGAACCGGAAGCUCGGAGUGGUGUUCGGAGUGAUCAUCCCGACCCUGCUGUCCAUGUUCAGCGUGGUCGUGUUCCUGCGGGUUGGGUUUGUUGUGGGCCAGGCAGGGCUGUGCCACUCCAUCGCCAUGUUCCUGGUGGCCUACUUCAUCAUCACCAUGACCGUUCUUUCUAUUUGUGCCAUCUCCACAAACGGGGCUUUGGAUGCUGGUGGCGCCUACUAUAUGAUCAGUCGAGCUCUGGGUCCAGAGUUCGGUGGCAGCAUUGGGAUCAUGUUUUUCCUCGCCAACGUGUGCGGCUGUGCUCUCUAUGUUUUAGGUUUGGUCGAGGCUAUCGUGUUUACUUUUGGAGAACCAGAAGAGCGCUCUGCAGCUGCUCCGGGUCCUCUUCAGGUACUGCCAUCCGGAUACUGGUGGUCUCUGCUUUAUGGCACUGUCCUCCUGUUUUUGUGCUUCAUCGUCUGCCUGGUGGGAGCCAACAUCUACGCUAAAGCCACAUUUAUUAUUUUCAUCAUAGUCGUGACGGUCUUGGCUUUGAUCUUCAUUAGUUUUUUCAUCGCGGAGCCCACCGUGGUCGUCCUACCUGAUACUUCUCUAAUGAACGACGACAACAUGAGGACAGCUAAUUACACCGGCUUCUGGCUGCACACGUUGGAGGGCAACCUGUUCUCUGAUUACACAGUGGACUACACCACUGGGGCCAUGAUGAGCUUCUCUAGAGUGUUUGCUGUUUUAUUCAAUGGCUGCACUGGAAUCAUGGCAGGCUCCAAUAUGUCAGGCGAUCUGAAAAACCCCAGCUACUCAAUCCCCAGAGGAACGCUUGCAGCCGUUGUUACAACUUACAUCACCUACAACCUGCUAAGCUUGAUGUCUGCGUGGACCUGCGACCGUUACCUUCUCCAAAGAGACUAUAGUUUCUUGGGAACCAUCAACAUAUGGCCUCCUAUGGUGACAGUUGGUAUCUACUCCUCCGCUGUGUCUGCUGCAAUGAGCAACCUAAUCGGAGCCUCCAGGAUCCUCUACGCUCUCUCCAAAGAUAACUUGCUUGGUGGUGCCCUCACCCUGGCAAAGAGGACGUCUCAAAGCGGGAACCCCUGGGUCUCCGUGCUCAUCUCCUGGUUGCUUGUGCAGGUGGUGCUGUUUGCUGGCAAAUUGAACACCAUUGCUGGCAUCGUAACCAUCUUCUUCCUAUUGGUUUAUGCUGCUGUAAAUCUGGCCUGUCUGGCUCUUGAAUGGGCUUCUGCACCCAAUUUCAGACCCUCCUUUCGUUGUUUUACGUGGCACACGUGCACUCUGGGUUUUUUGGGCUGCCUGGUCAUGAUGUUCCUGAUCAGCUCCGUUUAUGCUUUUGCCAGCAUGGCUUUCAUGCUCAUCCUCUUGAUGCUUAUACACUACCUCGGACCCAUCAGCAACUGGGGGUACAUCAGCCAAGCUCUCAUUUUCCAUCAGGUACGCAAGUACUUGUUGCUGUUGGACGUGCGUAAAGACCACGUGAAGUUCUGGAGGCCGCAGGUGCUGCUGAUGGUGGCAAACCCUCGCAGCUGCACGGGUCUGAUGACUUUCAUCAAUGACCUGAAGAAGAGUGGCCUCUAUGUGCUGGGACAUGUGAAGCUGGGAUCUCUUGAUGGGUUGCCUUCUGAUCCACUUCGGAGCUGUUACGACUCCUGGUUGUGCUUAGUGGAUCACCUGAAGAUCAAAGCGUUUGUUAACCUGACUCUGUCCGAGUCGGUCCGACACGGGGUCCAGAACCUGCUUUUCAUCUCAGGCUUUGGUGGAAUGAGGCCAAACACGCUCAUCUUGGGUUUCUAUGAUGAUUGCGCCCCUGAAGACAACCUCUCUGGUCAAAUUCUUCCAUCUACAGGCCUUGAUGUGGACAAAACCUGUUCAACCACUGACCCUGGACAGCAACCCGCCCCAUUUUUUCCUGCUGUAAGGGGAGCAGAGGAACCCAAAGAUCUAAAGGAAGUGGAGUAUGUAUCUAUUAUUGCUGAUGCUGUAAAAAUGGGAAAGAAUGUGGCUCUGGCUCGAUACUUCAACCAGUUCAGUCGUGAGGAAGUCUUGGGGUUGAGAAAGAAGCUUGGAGGCCCCCCAGCGGGGCUGUUUGUGGAUGUGUGGCCCUUAAAUCUGCUGCACCCUGAUGGUCACGGGUACGUCAACAUCUGCUCACUGUUCCUGCUGCAGCUAGCCUGCGUGCUUCACGAAACCCGGGCCUGGAACCAGGCGAGGCUUCGCCUCUUCCUGUGCGUGGAGGCCGGCUGCAGGCUGCAGAAAGACGAGAAGCAGAAGAUCCAGAGAAUGCUGAAGGAGCUCCGGAUAUCGGCUCAGGUGCAGGCGGUUGCCUGGGACCAGGUGGUGGCGCUACACUGGCAGAGACAAGGAGCCAAGGGGAGAGGUAAUAUGAAUUUACAGGAUGAUGAGAAGAGACUGAGACGAGAAGGUGAGGAAGAAGACUGCAUCCAGCGUUUCCCCAGCAACACUUCUCGUUUGACCGAUGAGUUUAUCUGCGCCGUCAACAGUCUGAUCCACAGACACGACUCUCCUAAACCAGCAGUACGCUUCCUGUACCUACCCCACCCCCCAGCAGACAGGAGCUUUUAUCAUUCCUACCUUCACCAGAUAGAUUUAUUGAGCAGGGAUCUUGGCCCGACGCUCCUCGUUCAUGGAGUCACUCCUGUUAUCACAACAGACUUCUAAAAUCUAUAUGUAUAAUCAACCAAAAUCAAAUGGUUUGAUUUAUUCACCUUACAUUAAAGACCAAAGACAAAUAGCCGAGUCAUGCUCAAAUUUUACAUUAGAGCAUUUUUCAGUUGGAUAGUUGGUGUUAAAUCUUUUAUUAAACCAGUUUCAGGUGUGUUCUAGUUUUACGAAGUAAUAAAAAAGGUCUUUGCUGAUUCCACUUAAAGUAGUUUUGAGAAUUUAUUUAGGGCUGGUGCUUUUAUAUUUUAAAAUUGUGUUAUUGGAUAUUUGUGCUUUUAUUUGUUUGUAAUAAAAAUUGUUCAUCUCAUA